CCGUCACGGAGCUUCAUCUGAGUUUACACCAUGAAUGCAGACGCGGCUUUACUGUUGGAUACGGUGAAUUUUGCGGCGGAGAAACAUCGGAACCAGCGACGGAAAGAUCCAGAAGGAACUCCGUAUAUCAACCAUCCGAUAGGAGUCGCCACAAUCCUCAGCCUCGAAGCCGGAAUCACAGACAUCGAGGUCUUGCAGGCCGCUCUGCUUCAUGACACAGUCGAGGACACUGACACCACUCACGAAGAGCUCGAAGAUAAAUUUGGGCCCGUCGUGGCUCGAAUUGUUCAGGAGGUGACGGACGAUAAAAGUUUACCCAAAGAGGAGCGGAAGCGUCUGCAGGUGGAACACGCGCCCCACUGCAGUCACCAGGCCAAACUGGUUAAACUGGCUGAUAAACUGUACAACCUGAGGGACCUGAACCGCUGCACACCUGUCGGUUGGACACCUGAGCGGGUCUAUGAGUAUUUUGUUUGGGCCUCUAAGGUGGUGAGAGGCCUGAGAGGAACAAACUAUGUUUUGGAGGAAAAGCUUCAAGAGCUGUUCAAACAGCGAGGAGUCGAGCUCUGACGGCACUCAGAACAAACUAUUUAAAUUAAAAUACAUUACAUUUCUAAAUCAUCAAAAUAAAUUGUAUUUCUGAUA